UCUACGCAAAACCUCCCGUCAAGAUUCGACACUCUCCCGCUAAACUGAUGGUCAUCCAGGAAAGGAAAAUGAAAGAGUUGACGACUUUGAAACAACUCGAUGAGCUUCUCGAAAGCAGCGGAGUCAAGUUGGUGGUAAUCGACUUUUUCGCCGAUUGGUGUGGUCCUUGCAAGAUAAUGGGACCUAAGUUUGAGGAAUUGGCCUCGGAGUUUCCUGGCGUUGUGUUUGCAAAAGUAAACAUUGAUAGGGGAAAGGAGCUGACCAAACACUAUAGUAUUACUUCCAUUCCACAUUUCAAGUUUUUCAAGGAAAAAAAGGAACUGGAUAACCUCAGAGGUGCCGAUGAAACACUUUUAAAACAAAAAAUUGUGAAAUGGCAGUGAUGUACUGAAAGACAACUCCGCUUGAGAUUGAUUUUGCAUUUUAGUUGCCUUGUCAUCCGCUCAGUGAAUUAAUAUUCGUCAAUGUUUCAA